AUGCCCCAUUUCCCCAUGGAUUCCGGAACCACCCACAACAAAGAUGAAGCUGCCGACGCGCAAAAUCCUGCACUCCAAAUCAAGAACCGUCGAAAGCGGUACCUGGACCUACAUCCAGAAUACUACUCGGCGGAGCUCGAGCUAGCCGCUAACCGGGUUGGGUAUACCAUUCUAGACCCGCUAUUGUACGAUCGUCUCAUCCGCCGAUUUCAGACUCCGCAGGAACGGGAAGCGCAGGGGCGCGAGAAGGGAUUCUCGGGCGUCCUGCAGGCCGACCUGCUGCGUUCGGAGGCGAAGAUGGACGCGCUAGCGCACCCCGAUCCCCAUUCCAUGUUGAAUUAUACCCGUGGCCCCAACGGCGAAAUCUUGGCCGAGGACCGUGAUGAUAUCCCCUCCAGCAAGGAGGAGGGCGAGAAACAGUGGCAGUGGGAGAUGGGCCUGCGCUUUAUGAGAGGCGAUGAUGAUGAUUUUGACUAUACCACUGUCGAUCAGAAUGAAGAGUACGAUGAUUUAUCUGAGUUGCAGGAUGAAUACUUUGAGGAUGAGGAGCCGGAGUGGGUGGUCGGUGAUGAAAUUCAAGGCGAAAAUGCCAGAGCGCAGCUUCAGGGUGAGACUGGCAUUCAGGACUUCUGA